AUGGAAUGCCCGCACUUGUGUCAACUCAAUGGCGCCAAAGUGGCCAACAAUCCGGUCUUGAAGUGGUUGACGGCUUCGCCAGACUUUGAGUGCUCUGUCUGUAAGUCGAAGAAGAGUUCUUGGAUUUGUGUCCAUUGCGGUCAAGUCGGGUGCGGCCGUUAUGUGAGCGGACACGCGAAACAACACUUCGAGCAAAUGGCCGCACAUUCGCUGUGCUUUGAUUCCGACUCUUUCGCCGUCUUUUGGUCAGUAUUUGUGUCCACCGAUUAUCCCAUUCUUCGGCCGUCACUCGUAUUCAAUGCCAGUGAUAGCGAUCAAUACAAUGAUAAUAAUGAGAGUGUUGUCCAUAUCUAUCAAUAG